AUGAAGUCUCGUGCAGAUGCUGAGCGCGACGUCGCCUCGUGGGGCUUCUUGCAUAUCUUCACCUGGACUGAUGGACCAAACGCCUACUAUCCACCCCACAAGCACUCUGGCUUGACGACACAUCUCAUUCUUCGUGGCGAGCUUACGAUAACGUAUCCAGACGAUGCAAAACCUACGAAAGAGACGUUUGGCGCAGGGGCGAGGGUAGAUGUUGAUGCAGGACGGCGACAUGAGGUAUGGAUGGGUAAAGAAGGCUGCACGUACGUGAUAGGAGAGUGA